AUGGAAAUUCCUUAUGGGAAAAGCUUGAAGGCUGAUCGUAUCCUCCAUUCCCGGAGCCGCCCGGAUGAUAUUCCCUGUAUUUGUUCCGAAUGCGGGAAAUGUUUCAGCGCUCGUUCCAAUCUUUUCCGUCAUCAACGGAUCCACACCGGCGAAAAACCCUAUAAAUGUCCCGAAUGCGGGAAAAGUUUCGGGCAAAGCUCGGAUCUCAUCCAGCAUCGUCGAACCCACACCGGAGAAAAACCCUUUUCCUGCUCUUUUUGCGGAAAAUCCUUUAACGAACGAUCCCAUCUCAUCCGCCAUCAAGGUCGACAUACAGGUGAAAAACCCUAUAAGUGUCCGGAAUGUGGGAAAAGCUUCGUCCAAAGCUCGGAUCUCCUUAUCCAUAGGCGAUCCCACGCCGGAUUACAUACGGGAGAAAAACCCUAUAAAUGCGGAGAAUGCGGAAAAGGAUUCAGCGCUCGUUCCGUCCUCGUUAUCCAUCGACGACUCCAUACGGGAGAACGACCUUACGAAUGUCCGGCUUGCGGGAAGCGUUUCGUUCAAAGCUCUAACCUCAGUCGGCAUCGACGGAUCCAUACGGGAGAGAAACCGUAUCCCUGUCCCGUUUGCGGGAGGAGGUUCGGUGUCCGGUCGAGCUUGGUGAAGCAUCAGCGGCUCCACGAUCCGGCCGGGAAGGAGGAGGAUUUGACGGAGCUCGGUUCCCGGGGAGGAGGAGGAGGAGGAGGAAUUGCUCCGUAG